GGCUGGCGGACGGCAGGCAGGCGGACGGGAGGCGGCAAAGGACGAUUUGGACAUGCUCAUUCUAGGGCGCUUGGUUGCUUGCAUCCAGCUCAUUUGUAUCCUCAGAGUGGAUUUGGUGCACGGAUACUAUAGACAACAGCGGAAGUUGAUUGAAGAGAUUGAUUGGUCAUACACAGGAACUUUGAACCAAAAGAACUGGGGAAAGAAAUAUUCUGCCUGCAAUGGUGCCAAACAAUCUCCUAUUAAUAUAGAUGAAGGUCUUACCCAAGUAAAUGUAAAUCUGAAGAAACUUAAAUUCCAUGGAUGGGAAAAGGAAACCUUGGAAGAUACUUUCAUUCGCAACACUGGUAAAACAGUGGAAAUUAACCUGACAAAUGAUUAUUAUGUAAGUGGAGGUGGUUUAGACACCAUAUUCAAAGCAAGCAAGAUCACAUUUCACUGGGGUAAAUGCAAUGUGUCGUCAGAUGGAUCAGAACACAGUUUAGAAGGACAAAAAUUUCCUCUUGAGAUGCAAAUCUACUGCUAUGAUGCAGAUCAGUUUACAAAUUUUGAAGAUGCAAUUAAAGGAAAUGGAAAGUUAAGAGCUUUAUCAAUUUUGUUUGAGAUUGGACUAGAAAAUAAUCCGGAUUAUAAUUCGAUCAUUAAUGGAGUGGAUAGUGUUAGUCGUUUUGGAAAACAAGCUGCAUUAGAACCAUUUGUUUUGCUGAACCUUUUGCCGAACGCAACAGACAAAUAUUACACUUACAAUGGAUCUUUAUCAACGCCUCCCUGCUCUGAAACAGUUGAAUGGAUUGUGUUUAAAGACACCAUUAGUAUUUCUGAGGACCAGUUAGCAGUGUUUUGUGAAGUCCUUACAAUGCAGCAGUCUGGUUAUGUUAUGCUGAUGGAUUACCUGCAAAACAACUUUCGAGAGCAGCAAUAUAAGUUCUUUGGGCAAGUGUUUUCCUCUUACACUGGACAAGAGGAAAUUCAUGAAGCAGUUUGCAGUUCAGAACCUGAAAAUGUUCAAUCUGAUCCAAAGAAUUAUACUAGUCUUCUUGUUACAUGGGAAAGACCUCGGGUUGUAUAUGACACCACAAUUGAGCGAUUUGCUGUCUUUUAUCAACAGUUGGAUGGAGAAGACCAGACUAAGCAUGAGUUUCUGACAGACGGGUAUCAGGACUUGGGGGCUAUUCUAAAUAAUCUGCUGCCCAAUACAAGUUACGUUCUUCAAAUAGUUGCUGUUUGUUCUAAUGGUCUAUAUGGAAAAUACAGUGACGAAGUAAUUGUUGAUAUGCCUUUAGAGGACCCAGAGGCUGACCUCAUUCCUGAACUGAAUGAAACUGAAGAAUAUGAGGAUGAAGUUGAUGAAAAGGAAGCAGAAGUGGAUGAGGAAACUGCAGUGGUUCCUGGCACUGACAGUACAGUAAACCAAAUGAGGAAAAAUUUCCAGGUGACUACGUCCAGCUACACUCAAGAAAAAAUGGGGACAAAGCCCAGUGAAGCUAAAACAAAUAGAUACUUAACAAGAGAAGAAGAAUUACAUGGCAAGGAUGAUGUUUUCAAAGCAGUUUAUUACCCUACUUCCACACCUGUUAGUGAAAUAUCCGAAGAAGAUGCAUUUUUGGAACACAGAACAAUUACUGGAGUUCCUCCUCAACUCAUUGACUCUACCAAAGGCAUAGAAGAAGAAUACAUAUACCUUUCUUCAGGCACCGAACCAACAAGAAUAACCACUACUGGCCAUAGUGAUGAAGAUUUCUUAUUGUCUCCUUUUAAACCUCAUCAGGAAUCUGAUAACUUUUGGAGUUCAGUUCUUGCCACUUCUUCAGCACAGCCAAUUACAGAGGAGACCUCCCAAGAAGACACCCUUCCUUCGGGAAGCCCAGAUAUAAGCAUGCAUGAUGUUCUUUCGCAAGGCUCCAUUAAGUAUGUUUCAGAAGGUGUAGCACCCUCAAGCUCUGACAAGCCUCCAAAGCAUACUUCUUCCACUGAUGGAAACGUAUGGUUUCGUAACGCUACAGAUCUGACAACUCAGUCUGUUGAUGCAUCGGAUAGCAGGCAAUUGUCUCAGACCAGUUACACUCAUGCUUACGUAGAGGGAUUAAAGCCAGCUACAGUGCCCUAUUCCAGCAGCCCAGUGGUUUCACAAGACGCUUCAGAUGCGGAUUUAGAAUUGUCACAUUAUUCUACCUUUGCUUUCUCCUCUGCUGAAUUAUCACCUCACUCUGUCUCUUCAAGCUCUGGAGAAUAUGGUUCUGCUUCUGCUGCCAGUGAGGUACUCUCUCAGACAACUCAACCAGUCUAUAAUGGUGAGAUACCUCUUCAACCUUCCUACAGUAGUGAAGUGUUUCCUCUAGUCACCCCUUUAUUGUUUGACUCUCAGAUGCUCGACACUACCCCUGCUACAUCAGAUAGUGAUGUGACCUUGCAUGCUACACCUGUAUUUCCCAGUGUUGAUGUGUCAUUUGAACCCACCCUGUCUUCCUAUGAUGAUGUACCUUUGCUUACAUUUUCCUCUGCUUCCUCCAGUAGUAAAAUGUUUCACCGUUUGUAUACAGUUUCUCAAAUGUUUCCACAAAGCGCUACUCCAGCUGUUGCAAGUGAUAAGGUGUCCCUGCAUGCUUCUUUGACAUUGGCAGAGGGUGAUACAUUAAUACAACCAAGCCUUGCUCAAUAUGCUGAUGUGGUGUCGCAUCAGACUACUCAUGCUGCUUCAGAGACACUGAUAUUUGGUCAUAAUAGAACUCGCAUAUUUUCCCAAGUUGAACCAUCCAGCAGUGAUUUAAAUAUGCAUGUAUUAUCUACAAUGUCUGAACUUCCUUAUGCUUUGUCUAGUAAUGUGGGCUCCCUCCAAAGCUUUACUGUUUCCUAUGACUCCGCAGAAUUUGUGCAUGAUUCUGUUGACGUAUUUCGUCAGGAUCCUUUAUUUAGCAGCUAUAACAAUGUACUGGUGCAUAAACCUUCUUCUGUAAUGUCACAAGCUGAUACUUUGCUGCAGCCUACACGCUCUCUGUCUAGUGAUAUGGAUUGGUCUGAAGCGUACUCUGGUAGUGAGUCCCUUUUGCCUGAUACAGAUACUUUGACGGUACUUAACGUUUCUUCCUCUGAUUCUGUAGAUGAAAUUACGUAUGAAUCAUCUGGGUUUAGUGAUGUUAAUAAGAUGCUUCAAAAAGGUGAUGUUAUAUAUGGAGAUGAGAGAGAACUGCAAAUUUCCUCUUUAAGUGAAAUGGCUUCCAAUGCUGAAAGUAAAGCGAUACCUGAACUUUCUACAUCUGUUUCUGAUAAUGAUGUAAUUAAGCAGAAUACGUCUCUGCAAGAAAGCCCACUUCCUGUUUCUAGCACAAAGGGAAUCCUUCCAGUCUCUCUUGCUUUUUCCACUACUAAGAUAUUUGAUCACGAGAUUAGUAAACUUACAGAAAAUCACCUUUCCGUUCAGCCUUUGCAUGUUACAACUCCAGCCUUUGAUGACACUUUGCUUAAAUCUAUGCUUAGUGCAAGCUCAGAUCAAGCUCUCCCUGCCCCUGCUUAUAGCAAAAUGCUGUCCUCGACUCAGCCAUACUUUUAUGAGACCUCAGCUACAUUAAAUAACGAAGCAUUACUUCAGUCCUCCUUCCAGUCUUCUGGCGAUGGCACUCUGCUUAACACGGCUGUAGUCGUGCCUAGUGAUCCAGUAUUGGCUGAAAGCUCCAGGGUUCACAAAGAUAGUUCUACAUUUGACCAAAUAUUGCAUCAAAUGGCGCCAGGUUCUGCUACAACUGAAACCGUGCUGCAUUCUACAUCUGCACCUUCCGUUGCUGAUAUGUUGCCAAACACUUUUAGUAAGCCCACGACGUCACUUCAAGGUUUAUCUGUCUCUUAUGCAAGUGAGGAAUAUGUUUCAUCCAGUUUGUUUAACAGUGAAGAUGUUGAGCAGGUUAUGCCUUCAUUGUACAGUAGCGAUGUUUCGUUCCAGCUGACCAGUUUAGAAAAUACAGAUGCCUUUUCCCCUCAAUCGGUGAAUGCCGUAACAACUCCCUCCCUAACAGGUGAUACACCACUACAUGUAGCUACUCCCACAAACAGUCAUAUCUCUUCAACUGUUUUUGAAAGAAGUGAGGCUGCCAGUGUCUCGUCAAGUUCUACACUUGGUUUUGAUCCUGUUUAUAUGCCUGCAGUUGUUUCUGAUUCUGAUGAGUCCAUUCAUCACACUCUUCCUUCACCAAAUGUACAUAUUUCUGUUACGGCUGUUCCUUCCAAAAGUGAGACCCCUGUAACCUUGAGUAGGUUGCUGGUUCCUCCUAGAGAAUCCUCUGGGUUGUCUCCCAGUGUCAUGUCCAGUACCGAUUUGUGGCCUUCUGUAGUUGAGGAUGACUAUGAUGAAUAUGACGAUGGCUUCCCUGUAAGUAACUGUAUCUCAUGCGCUUCCUAUAGAGAAGCUCAGGAUAUAGUAGUAGAGGAACAAAACACAAAGGUAAACAAUAACAAGGAUCAGAGUAACCUAAUUAUAAGCUCACAUUCUGAGAAACCAGAUGAAGAAGAGAAAAUUUCGACUUCUGCAUCAGACAGGGAGAUAAACUAUGCCACGGACAGACGUAAUUAUACAUCCGUAUCGGCUUUGGCAGCGAGCGUGAUACCCAAGGAGCACAACGACCCGGCAGUUUUGGAGAGCCACGUUCAGACUGCUAGCAUCCCAUUGCAAAACACAUCAGAGGCUAAGUCUUGGGCGGUUUUUACAAGUGACGAAGAAAGUGGUUCUGGCCAAAGUACCUCAGAUAGCCUUAAUGAUAAUGAAACUUCAACAGAUUUCAGUUUUCCUGACCUUAAUGAAAGAGACACUGAAGGGGCAGUUGAAGCAGGUAACUCAGAAUUAACUCCUGGAUCAUCACAGUCAUCAGCCUCAUCCGUUACUAGCGAUGACUCAUCAGUAUUCAACAUCUCUGAGGCAGAGGCAAGUAAUAGUAGCCAUGAGUCUCGUAUCGGUCUAGCUGAGAGUCUGGAAUCAGAGAAGAAGACAGUUAUACCACUUGUGGUCGUAUCAGCCCUGACUUUUAUCUGUCUAGUGAUUCUUGUGGGUAUUCUCAUAUACUGGAGGAAAUGUUUCCAGACUGCUCACUUUUAUUUAGAAGAUAAUACAUCACCUCGAGUGAUUUCUGCUCCCCCAGCUCCAAUCUUCCCAGUCUCAGAUGAUGUUGGAGCAAUUCCAAUAAAGCAUUUUCCAAAACAUGUUGCAGAUUUACAUGCAAGUAAUGGUUUUUCUGAAGAAUUUGAGACACUGAAAGAGUUUUAUCAGGAAAUACAGAGCUGUACUGUAGAUCUAGGUAUUACAUCAGACAGCUCUAAUCACCCGGACAACAAGAAUAAGAAUCGAUACAUAAACAUUGUUGCUUAUGAUCAUACUAGGGUCAAAUUAGCACAGCUUGCAGAAAAGGAUGGAAAACUGACUGAUUACAUUAAUGCCAACUACGUUGAUGGCUACAACAAGCCAAAAGCCUACAUUGCAGCUCAAGGGCCACUAAAAUCAACAGCGGAAGAUUUCUGGAGAAUGAUAUGGGAACAUAACAUAGAAGUUAUUGUGAUGAUAACUAAUCUCGUUGAGAAAGGAAGGAGAAAAUGUGAUCAGUACUGGCCAGCUGAAGGCAGUGAAGAGUAUGGGAACUUCCUGGUUACUCAGAAGAGCGUUCAUGUACUUGCUUAUUACACUGUGAGGAAUUUUACUCUUAGAAACACCAAGAUCAAAAAGGGUUCCCAGAAAGGGCGGUCGAGUGGGCGCGUAGUGACUCAGUACCAUUACACCCAGUGGCCCGACAUGGGCGUCCCGGAGUACACACUGCCUGUGCUCACCUUCGUGCGGAAGGCCUCGCACGCCAAGCGCCACGCGGUUGGCCCCGUGGUUGUGCACUGCAGUGCUGGUGUUGGAAGGACAGGCACAUACAUAGUGUUAGACAGCAUGCUGCAGCAAAUUCAGCAUGAGGGGACAGUCAACAUAUUUGGAUUCUUAAAACACAUACGUACCCAAAGGAACUUCUUGGUGCAGACUGAGGAGCAAUACAUCUUCAUUCACGAUGCGUUGGUUGAAGCCAUACUCAGUAAAGAAACAGAAGUCCUCGAGACUCACAUUCAUGCCUAUGUUAAUGCUCUCUUGAUACCUGGACCAUCAGGAAAGACCAGACUGGAGAAACAAUUCAAGUUACUGAGCCAGUCUAACACACAGCAGUGUGAUUAUUCAACUGCACUCAAACAGUGCAAUAGAGAAAAGAACCGAACUUCAUCCAUCAUUCCUGUGGAAAGAUCUAGAGUGGGUAUCUCAUCAUUGUCUGGUGAAGGGACAGACUACAUCAAUGCUUCCUAUAUUAUGGGUUAUUAUCAAAGUAAUGAAUUCAUUAUUACCCAGCAUCCUUUACUACACACUAUCAAGGAUUUUUGGAGAAUGAUAUGGGACCAUAAUGCCCAGCUAAUAGUCAUGCUUCCUGAAAGCCAGAAUAUGGCUGAAGACGAAUUUGUAUACUGGCCAAACAAAGACGAGCCUAUAAACUGUGAGAGUUUCAAAGUUACUAUGAUUGCUGAAGAACACAAGUGUCUGUCUAAUGAGGAGAAGCUGAUAAUCCAAGACUUUAUUUUAGAAGCCACACAGGAUGACUAUGUCCUUGAAGUGAGACAUUUUCAGUGCCCAAAAUGGCCAAAUCCUGACAGUCCUAUUAGUAAAACUUUUGAACUGAUCAGCAUCAUCAAGGAGGAAACUUCCAACCGUGAUGGACCCAUGAUUGUACAUGACGAGCAUGGAGGGGUGACAGCAGGCACUUUCUGUGCAUUGACAACACUGAUGCAUCAACUGGAAAAUGAGAACUCCGUGGAUGUUUACCAAGUAGCGAAGAUGAUAAAUUUGAUGAGGCCAGGAGUUUUUACAGACAUUGAGCAGUACCAGUUUCUGUACAAAGCCAUUCUCAGCCUCGUCAGCACAAGGCAAGAGGAAAAUCCUUCAGCAUCUAUGGACAGUAACGGCUCAGCUUUACCCGAUGGAAACGCAGCUGAAAGUUUAGAGUCUUUAGUUUAAGCACACACAUACCUACAUCACACCAGGCACACCUGGAGUUUACCAUUACUAUUUUCAGGUUUAUACUCUGUGGGAGGGGAAAUCUGUCCGGUCACUCUAUAAAUAGUCAGAUCCUAGCCAUUGCUCAAGCAAUGGGUCGGUCAGUCAUCUCUGUUACAUAUGACCUUACUGUGGAACUUCUAUCAUUAACAAUGUGUGCCUUUUCUUGAAAGAUUUCUUGUAAUACAUUGUUACGUCUGGACUAACUUGAUUCACUUUUGCAGUGUUUCUAAGAAUUGAA